UUUCUUUAACCUCACUUACUUUUCAGCUCCAUCAUCAUAAUUCGUACAUGCAAAACCAUCUAUAUAUAUAAAGUAAAUAUAUAUCUAUAUUUGUUGUAUAUGCAUUCUGAAAAGAAGACAAAACACAGGCUUCAUUCUUCCUCUGUGUGUGCUGUUGCACAGAGAAAUUUUGUAGGAGAAUAGUAAGAAAACGAGAAGAAAAAAAGGACAAAUUAAACCACUCUUGCCUUUUUCUUCUUCUUCUUCUUCUUCAUCAUCAUCAUCAUCAUCAUUUUUCCUCAAUGGGAAUCAAGAAAAUUAGGAGUCAUUUUUUGGUUCUGUUUGUGUUGGUUUUAUCCUCACUGGCUUUUUGCUCAGUGAGAGGCAGUGUUUCCUAUGAUGGUAGAUCAUUUAUCAUCAAUGGGAAGAGGAGGAUUCUCAUCUCUGGCUCUAUUCACUACCCAAGAAGCACUCCUCAGAUGUGGCCAGGUCUUAUACAAAAGGCUAAAGAUGGGGGCUUGGAUGUUAUACAGACUUAUGUUUUUUGGAAUGGGCAUGAACCCUCUCCUGGAAAAUAUAAUUUUGAAGGGAGAUAUGAUUUGGUUAAGUUCAUCAAACUGGCUCAGAAAGCAGGGCUUUAUGUUCAUCUCCGCAUUGGCCCAUACAUUUGUGGAGAAUGGAAUUUUGGGGGAUUCCCUAUUUGGCUAAAAUAUGUGCCCGGGAUCGAAUUCAGAACUAACAAUCAGCCUUUCAAGGUGGCUAUGCAAGGAUUUGUUGGGAAAAUUGUCAACAUGAUGAAGUCAGAAAAACUGUUUGAAUCUCAAGGUGGACCAAUAAUUAUGAGUCAGAUUGAAAAUGAGUAUGGACCAGUGGAGUGGGAAAUUGGUGCUCAGGGUAAGGCAUACACAAAAUGGGCGGGGCAGAUGGCUGUAGGUCUCAAAACCGGUGUUCCCUGGAUUAUGUGUAAACAAGAGGACGCUCCUGAUCCUAUUAUUGAUACCUGCAAUGGAUACUACUGCGAGAACUUCCAUCCCAACAAACCGUAUAAGCCCAAAAUGUUUACCGAACUCUGGACUGGAUGGUAUACACAAUUUGGUGGUCCAGUUCACCGAAGACCCGCAGAAGACAUAGCGUUUUCUGUUGCAAGGUUCAUCCAGAAUAAUGGCUCAUUCGUCAAUUAUUACAUGUACCACGGAGGAACAAAUUUUGGAAGGACAGCUGCAGCUCUUUUCAUUGCUACUAGUUAUGACUAUGAUGCUCCACUAGAUGAAUAUGGGCUUCCCAAUGAACCAAAAUACGGGCACCUGAGAGAUUUGCAUAAAGUUAUCAAGCUUGCAGAACCAGCUUUAGUUUCAUCAUAUCCUGCAGUUACCUCGCUUGGAAAUAAUCAAGAGGCCCAUGUCUUUCGAUCAAAAUCCGGGGCUUGUGCUGCAUUUCUUUCCAACUAUAACCCCCAAUCUUCAGUAAAAGUAACAUUUUGGAAUAAGCAACAUGACCUGCCUCCUUGGUCAAUUAGUAUUCUACCCGACUGCAAGACUGUUGCUUACAACACGGCAAAGGUUAGUUCCCAAAGCUCACAGAUUAAGAUGACACCAGUUAUGGGUGGUUUCUCUUGGCAGUCCUACAUUGAAGAAAGUCCGACUUCAGGUGACGGGGACACGCUUGUGGCUAAUAGAUUAUGGGAGCAAAUAAACGUAACCAGAGACUCCUCAGACUAUUUGUGGUACAUGACAGAUGUGAACAUUGCUUCCAACGAAGGAUUUCUAAAGAGUGGGAAGUACCCGGUUCUAACAGUUAUGUCUGCCGGUCAUGUGUUGCAUGUUUUUGUUAAUGGUCAAUCAACAGGUAUUAGGACUUGGAUCAUAAUUAAGAAUGCAGGUUUCUUGUCUAUCUGUGUUUAUUUAUUCGUUUCUGGCCUUCUGAUAGGAACUGUAUAUGGAGGAUUGGACAAUCCUAAAGUAACAUAUACUGGCAAUGUAAAACUAAGAGCUGGUACGAACAAGAUUUCCCUGCUUAACGUCGCUGUUGGUCUCCCGAAUGUUGGCCCACAUUUCGAGAGAUGGAACACUGGAGUUCUUGGUCCAGUCUUGUUGAGCGGUCUUAACGAGGGAACAAAAGACUUGACAAAGCAGAGAUGGUCUUACCAGGUUGGUCUUAAAGGCGAAUCGCUAAGCCUCAAUACAAUAAGUGGGAGUUCCUCUGUUGAAUGGGAAGCUUCGCUUUCGGCUAAAAAGCAGUCACUAACCUGGUACAAGGCCACGUUUAAUGCGCCUAAAGGAAACGAUCCGCUGGCUUUAGACAUGAGCAGCAUGGGGAAAGGUCAGAUAUGGAUAAAUGGUGAAGGCAUAGGACGCCACUGGCCUGCAUAUACCGCUCAUGGCAGCUGCGGUGGGUGCAGCUAUGCUGGAACUUAUAAUGAGAAGAAAUGCCAGACUAGUUGUGGACAACCAUCCCAAAGAUGGUAUCAUGUGCCGCGAUCGUGGUUGAGACCAACUGGAAAUCUUGUGGUUGUGUUUGAGGAAUGUGGUGGUGAUCCAACUGGAAUCUCCUUAGUAAGAAGAACCAACUGAUUCAGCCAGAUUGGUUUCGUUCUCAGUACAUAAAAUGGAUUGGUCCCAGGUGAAGAAGACAUUUGCAGAAGAAGUUUCCUUGCUUCUCUGCAGUCUUUGAUUUUAGGGGAGGCUGAUAAUUUAUUUUGGAUAUGCAAUUGAUUAUUUGUACAGCAUGUCUGUAUUCCAUAAGUCCGUAAUACAAUUAAUUUUCAAUUUAUAAAUAUAAAACUAUUUAAAAUUCACUUA